GGUUCUUUAAAGGAGGUUCUUAAACAACUAGAAGAAGAGAAGAAAAGUCUCCAGCAUCAGCUAAAGGACUAUGAACUUAGACUGGAACAAGAAGCAAAGGCUUACCACAAAGCGAAUGAUGAGCGGCGCAUGUACCUCUCAGAGAUCUUACAGACCUCAGCUACACUUAAAAUUGUUGAAAGGCAAAAACCAGAUGCUCUGGCUGGCAAGGGAGAAAAACAGAUACUGAGAGGGAGAGACAGUGUCCCAGGAAACUCGAAGAUGGUUAAUCCUCAAAAACAAUCAAUUACAAAGACUGUAGGAGUGAACCAGCUUCCACAGCUAAAGCACUGA